GAAUUACAUAAGUGAAAGAUGUAGAAAGUGGUGUAUGCAGUAGUGAAACCUUGUAUGAUAGCAUUAGCAUUUGCUGUACUAAAAUUACCCUGUUAGUAUGAGCCAAAUCACCUUAUGAAAUAAUUUUUUCGAGCCGAAAGUGCUGUACUAUGUUUUCUAUCCUAGAUUAGUUAUUUAGUGCUCUUAUAAUGCUUCCUCCACUACAUAAUGGAGGACAUUAUCAUAUUUUAUUUCUUACUAAUCUUGACCUCCUCCUCCCUCUAUAUAAAUUCCCAAGUGACUGAUCAUUGGACAUGCAUAACUUAAUCACAGUGAAAAUUGAAGCAACUAAAUCUUCGAAAAUGAAGCAUAUUAUUCUGUCUGUUUUCCUUGUUCUUGUCUGCAUUGCAGAGUUUCAUGGGGUGAAUGCUGCCGGUGAGUGUGGGAGAUCAUCCCCGGAGAAAGAGGCAUUUAAACUUGCUCCCUGUGCCGAGGCAUCUGAGGAUGAGAAUGCCCCAGUUUCAGACAGCUGCUGCGCUAGGAUUAAACAGUUGGGUCGAAACCCAAGCUGCCUCUGUGCUGUUAUGCUCUCCCACACUGCCAAAAGUGCAGGAGUCAAAGCUGAGGUUGCUGUCACAAUCCCUAAGCGAUGCAACAUUGUUGAUCGUCCUGUUGGUUACAAGUGUGGCGCUUACACAUUGCCUUGAAGAGUUCAAAUUGACGAACUCAUCUUAUUGAUGAACUCAUCUUAUUAUAUCGAUCUUUCUGUGAAUAAGAAUUGGACAUAGACCUGGAAGUUUGCAUCUGUAUUUAGCUUUUCUAAUGACAGAUGUAAUACAACUUGAUCUUGAUCAAUAUGAAUAAAUGAUUUGUUUUCAGUUCA